AUGCACUAUACAAGAAGGAAGAGGCUGCAGCUGAGCCGGGUGGUGUUUCUCCUCUCUGGGCUUUUCCUCCUCACCCUCUACCAGCUGACCAUCAGUGCCAGACUGUACGAGCCUCUGCCGAUGCCUCAGAUUGGACAGGACUUUGGAGAAGGUUCAACGGAGGAGGUUGAUGAGGCUACAGUGGAGACUCUGGUGCUGGAGGAACCUGCCACUGCAACUCAUGAAUUAGAGCCCACAGAUCAAACGACGACUGGGGUGCAUGUAGUGAAACAUCCGGAUACAACGACGUCAGAUUUGAAAGCAUCCACCCCCACUGGAUUUCCACCACUGACCACCACACACAGGACUUUUGUGCACUGCAUCUACAUGGCCCCUGAGCCUCCACCAGAGCCCCCCACACCAGAUCCAGCUCCUCCUUUCACCACCAUCACUCCAGCUUCUCCUGGUGAGGCUCCACAUAUUAGAGGAGAAUACCCUGAAGAUGUUUUUACUAUAGCAGACCGCAGACGAGGCUGGGUGGCCCUCCACAUAUUUGGGAUGAUUUACAUGUUUGUGUCACUUGCAAUUGUGUGCGAUGAGUUUUUUGUUCCUGCUCUGGGGGUAAUCACAAACAAGUUAGCCAUCUCUGAUGAUGUGGCAGGAGCCACCUUCAUGGCAGCUGGAGGAUCUGCCCCUGAGCUUUUCGUCUCUUUGAUAGGGGUCUUCAUCGCCCACAGCAACGUGGGCAUCGGCACGAUAGUUGGCUCAGCAGUUUUCAACAUUUUGUUCGUGAUUGGAAUGUGUGCUCUGUUGUCUCGGGAGGUGCUUCAUCUCACCUGGUGGCCACUCUUCAGAGACGUGUCCUUCUACAUACUCGACCUCAUCUUACUCAUCAUAUUCUUCCUGGAUAAUGUCAUAAUGUGGUGGGAGAGCAUGACGCUGGUGGUCAGUUACUGUCUCUAUGUGACCUUCAUGAAGUUUAACGUGCAAUUAGAGUGGGCCUUCAAGAGCCAACUCCACAAACACAAGAACAUUGUGAAAAUCAUUGCUGUGGAGGAACCUGACGAGACAAAUGGGAUAGAUGAAGACAAUGCUCCUCCUCCUCAAAAGGACAAGAACCGGUUAAAGUUGAAGCCGUCCCUUCAGCGAGGGAGAAGUUCCGCUUCCUUACACAACAGCACCAUGAGAAGCACCAUCUUCCAACUCAUGAUUCACACGUUAGACCCUCUAGGAGAGGGGAAAUUUAUGGAUAAGGCUGAGACUCUGAAUAAUGUGGCUUGCCGGAAGGAAGACAGCAAAACUCAAGACAAAAGUGAAGAUGGUGGAGGAAAAGCUGAGCAGACCAAGGAGCCAGAGGCUGUCGAGAACAAGGAGCAGCCGGAGGACAAGAAGGAGGAUGUGCCGGCAGGAGAAGAUGGGUCAGGGGGAUCGGAGGACUCUGACAGUGAUGACAAUUGCAGCGAUGAAGACAGCGAAGAGUCCAGUGAAGAUGAGGAUUAUGAGGAAGAGGAAGGUGAGAACGAGGAUGAGCCUCUGUCUUUAGAGUGGCCCGACACGCGACGUAAACAAGCCACCUACCUCUUCCUGCUGCCCAUAGUCUUCCCUCUGUGGCUCACAGUUCCUGAUGUUCGCAACCCGAAAUCCAGAAAAUUCUUUGCGGGCACCUUUCUGGGCUCCAUUCUGUGGAUCGCUGUCUUCUCCUAUCUCAUGGUGUGGUGGGCCCAUCAGGUAGGUGAGACCAUCGGCAUCUCAGAGGAGAUCAUGGGCCUCACUAUCUUGGCUGCAGGGACGUCAAUCCCUGACCUUAUAACCAGUGUGAUUGUGGCACGUAAAGGCCUGGGGGACAUGGCCGUGUCCAGCUCUGUGGGAAGUAACAUCUUUGACAUCACUAUUGGGCUUCCAGUCCCGUGGCUCAUUUUCUCAUCCAUCCACGGUUUCGCCCCUGUGGCCGUCAGCAGCAAUGGGCUCUUCUGUGCCAUCGUGCUCCUCUUCCUCAUGCUGCUCUUUGUCAUCAUCUCCAUUGCGUCCUGUAAGUGGAAGAUGAAUAAGGUGCUGGGUUUCACCAUGUUCCUGCUCUACUUUGUCUUCCUGGUGCUCAGCGUGAUGCUGGAGGAUCGAAUCAUCACCUGCCCUGUUUCCAUCUGA